AUGACGUGGAAGCGGAAGGCUGUUGAUAAUGUCAAGAAGAUCCCCAUCUGGGUGCACAUUUUCUUGGUGCUCGUGCUGUUAGCGGAAAUGCUGUUCGGCUUCACGUUGCUUACUGCAAAGAUCUGGAAUACUGGGAUCGUCACGCUUUUUUUGAAAGCCUUCGCCAUCGUCAACCUCGAAAUUGCCAUGUUUAUCGCAUCGGUCCACAUGUAUAUCAGAUUUACACAAGCUUUCCCUAUCCCAAUGCGAGGCGACCGGAAGUUUAAAGUGGGCUUUGGGUCCAUAAUCCGUGGAAUUCUGGUCACGUUCCUCGUGUUGGUGCACUUUUCGGCGAUAUUUUAUGAUAUCCGUCUCCCAAUCCAAGUCUCCGGAUGGGCGUACAUCACCCUAUUGGCCUUUGCCGUGUGGAUGCACAUGGUGCUCAUUCUUCUCAUACUCGAUCUCAUCUUCUACAUCAUGUGGGCCGUCCGGAAAUGUCGUGGGAACGGGUCACUCUACAAAUUGAGCACCUUCGUUGCACAAUACCGCCUUUUUGAAGUCCUCUUGUCGAUUGGAGUGAGCUUGCUGUUUGUUGGAUAUGGACUCUAUCGUACCCUAACGCCUCCUACUAUCGUCAAUGAGCACAUGGAGACGAUGACGCUAACCGACCAGAUGGUCAAUGGUGAGCCGGCCUUGAAGGAGCUUGCGGAAGAGGAUGAAGACUAUCUGCUUUACAAAGAGGAAAUUGCGCAAGAAGAAGCCCUAAAAUCUCACCCACCGGAAGAGUUUUUUUUCGAGGAUAACGAGAAACUGCGAUCGGGUGCCACGCUAAAUAUCGCCCUGUUGAGCGACAUCCAUAUUGGCCCAAGUGUUGGCAAGAACCGAAUCGUCAAUAUUGUCGAGUGGACGAACAAUUUGGAGCCAGAUAUCAUUGCCAUAAGCGGCGAUCUGGCCGAUGGUUUUGUAUCGUCACUAGGUGGUGCCGCGGAACCGAUUUGCCGGUUGAAGAGCAAAUACGGAGUUUACUUCGCAACAGGAAACCACGAAUACUUCCACGGAAAUGUCGACGAGUGGUUCGAAUUCUUGGAGAAUUGCAACAUUACCGUACUCCACAACGAGAACAAGCGCUUCAGGACGACGGAAGGGGAUAUGGUGUGCAUGGCCGGGAUGGAUGAUUUGGUGACGCUCAGCAUGGACAUGCCCGGGCACCACAUGGAUCCAGUAAAGGCCCUGAAAGGAUGCCAACUGAAUGAUCUCGUCGUUUUGCUCGCUCAUCAGCCAAAUGCCGCCUGGAAGGUGUUGCAGGACCAGAAAGUCAAUGGGAACAUCGAUUUGAUCAUGUCAGGCCACACCCACAACGGCCAAGUGAACUUCCUGUGGCCGUCCACGGAGGUGAUGAACAAAUGGAAUCACGGCCUCCAUGAGAAUAAGCCCACCCAUACCCAAGUGAUCGUGUCGGCAGGCGUGAACUUCUUCGGCCCACCCGUCCGUACCGUCGGUGUCUGCGAGAUUGUAAAUAUGCAAAUCGAAGGGCGUGGAACCCCAGAUACUAGUCUCUUUGAGAAGUUGCAUAAUAUUGUUCCAACUGAGUUACCAACGCAU